AUGUUUGAUAUGUAUAUAACCACAUCAUAUAUAUAUCACAAAUCUGGGUUGGAUUCGGUAAAUAAUCGAAAUAAACUUGAAAAUCUAAAGUCUCCUCUUCCCUCGGAGCACUCACAGGUAUUAGGAGUUAGACCCCUCGACUUUAUAGUAUGCACGAAUGUUACACAAAUAUGCAAUGUCCGACUUAUAGAUGCUGGUGAAACUCUUGGUGAAUGGUGGAAAUUUAAUAUAACAGCCAAUCAGAUUUUAGAUAGUCACCACAAACCAUGGAGAAACUUAUCUUGUGAUGAACAAAUACGAAGAACAUUAGCAGAUUUAAAUAAAUCAUUAGAAAUUAAUCCAAAUAGUGCAUUUGCAUUAGCAAUCCGUGGAGCAACUUAUCGCAUGAUGAACAGAUACAAAGAAUCACUAGCAGAUUUAAAUAAAUUAUUAGAAAUUAAUCCAAAUGAUGCAUUUGCAUUAGGAAACCGUGGAGCAACUUAUCUUAAAUUAUUAGAAAUUAAUCCAAAUGAUGCAUUUACAUUAGCAAACCGUGGAGCAACUUAUCAUAUGAUGAACAGAUACGAAGAAUCACUAACAGAUUUAAAUAAAUCAUUAGAAAUUAAUCCAAAUGAUGCAUUUGCAUUAGCAAACCGUGGAGCAACUUAUCACAUGAUGAACAGAUACGAAGAAUCACUAACAGAUUUAAAUAAAACAUUAGAAAUUAAUCCAAAUGAUGCAUUUGCAUUAGCAAAUCGUGGAGCAACUUAUCUUAUGAUGAACAGAUACGAAGAAUCACUAACAGAUUUAAAUAAAUCAUUAGAAAUUAAUCCAAAUUAUACAUUUGCAUUAGCAAACCGUGGAGCGGUUUAUCGCAUUAUGAAUAAGACUCACUUUCAGAUUUAA